AUGGGUGGAACGCUGCUCAUGGAGGGGACGAACCCCGAUUCUCGCUACCCAGAGUCCCGGGUGCUCAUCAUCAUGACCGGCGGGACGAUCUGUAUGCAGCCUUCAGCGGACGGUCUGGUUCCCAUGACCGGCUUCCUCGAGAAUGCCAUGGCUCCUCGGCCGUCAUUCAACGACAAUUCUUCACCUUCAGUCAAGAUUCACGCCUACAAGAAUGGCGUCAAGCUGACCCUCGACAGCCUGCGCACCCCCCCGAGCGCAUACUCGCGGCACAUCCGCUACGGCAUCCUCGAGUUCCAGCCGUUGCUCGACUCGAGCUCCAUCUCGUCCACGGGCUGGACCGAGAUCGCCAUGACCAUCAAGGAGAACUACCACAUCUUCGACGGCUUCGUCGUGCUGCACGGCACCGACUCGCUCGCCUACACGGCGUCGGCCCUCUCCUUCAUGAUGGCCGACCUCGGCAAGCCCGUCAUCCUGACGGGCUCGCAGGCAUCUAUCUUCGCCCUGCAGUCCGACGCCGUCGACAACCUGCUGGGCUCGCUCAUCAUCGCUGGUACCUUCGUCAUCCCCGAGGUCUGCCUCUUCUUCCACCACACGCUCUUCCGCGGCAACCGCACGACCAAGGUGUCGGCGUCGUCGUUCGAGGCCUUCGAUAGCCCCAACUGCUCACCGCUGGCCAAGGUGACGUCGCUGGGGGUGGACGUGAACUGGGCGCUGGUGCGGCGGCCGACCAGCAUCGCCAGCUUCCGCGUGACCAAGUACCUGGACACGGCGCACGUGGCCUGCCUGCGCAUCUUCCCCGGCAUCAAGCCCGAGAUGGUGGACUCCGUGCUUAGGGCGCCGAACCUCCGCGGGCUGAUCCUUGAGACGUUCGGCAUGGGCAACGCCCCCGGCGGCGUGGACGGGAGCCUCACCAAGGUGAUUCGUGACGCCGUCGAGCGUGGCAUCGUCAUCGUCAACGUCAGCCAGUGCACCAACGGGUUUGUAUCCCCACUCUACGCCCCCGCCACCGCGCUCGGUCGCGCCGGCGUCGUUUUUGGCCACGACCUGACCACCGAGGCGGCACUAACCAAGCUUUCUUACCUGCUCGCCCUGCCCGAAUGGAAAUACAGCGAGGUGACGGCCAAGAUGGCGCAGUCGAUGCGCGGGGAGAUGACCGAGAUGGCGCUGACGUCCUUCUCGCACCCCGCGGGGAGCAUCGAUUCUGUCAACGGCUUUCACCGUCCUCCGAAUACGCCAUCCGCAACGGCGAGCUACACACCGUGCACAACCAUCAUGGAAGGCGACGAGUUCCACCACCAGCUGGUCAAGCGGGCCGACUACGCGGGCAACACGGCGCUGCACCUGGCGGCGGUCGGGCCGGAGCCGCUCGUGCUGCGCGACCUGCUCACGCGGGGCGCCAGCGUCCACGCCCGCAACCGCGCCGGCAACACCCCGCUGUACCUGGCCGAGAAGACGGGCAACGCCGAGUGCGUGCGGCUGCUUAAGGAGGCCGGCGCGCAUCUCUGGCUGGAUAAUGAGCUCAAGGGGGAGGGGAGUAGAGUGCCGAGCCGGGGCGCGAGUAGGGCCGUUUCUCCGGACCGUGCUUCUUCUUCUGGGGAGGGGCGGCCUGGUCAUGGGAAUGGGAGUGGGAGUGGCAUGGGCGAGGCUGCUGCUGCUGUUGAGGUGGUUCAGGGAGAUGGUGUGGGGGCGGCGGAGGCUCCUCGGGCGUUGUUGACGGGGGACACGGGGAAGAUCGUUGGUUGA